AUAUUAAUCAAAACAACACAAAGUACAUGAACUAAUUUGUGCAGUGUUGUGUGGUAAUUCACAGGAAUUGAUCUUAAUUGAAAACUAACAGAAUUAAUUCAUUUUAUACUAAUAAGUUUUUUGCAUGUGAUCAUGAUCAUGUAGUUCCUUUAACCAUAAAUUGUCUCAUGUCAUCUAUUAAUUGUUUUAUUACAAACGCAUACAUCUUAAAUUUGCUAACACAACAAUUAAAUGAAAUUAUUUUAGCCAAAAUUGAUAUAGCAUACAGGGUAAAGUAUAAUAUUCUAUUUAAUUGAGAACCCUAAAGGUCCUACAUGACUAUUAAAGUUUUACUGACUAAUAUUUUGUUGAAUAACAUGUUAUUUUUAACAUUGUAUCAUUGCUUUUUUGCAUGUAAAUGAAUUUGCAGGUUGUAAGUCAAAUGAUGGGCAUAAUGAAGAAUAUUUAAAACUUGCGAAAGAACUCUACCACUGGGUAUACUGGAAAAGAGUGAAAAUAAAAUGAAUGACAUGGUGGAGAUCUUGGAGUAUUUGCACCAAUACGUACCAUUUUCAAGAAGUGAAGAGGAAUUGGAAAAUAUUGAAAUCCGAGAAGAAAAAUCUGCAAUGAGAACAAUUCCACUUGGUGGGGAUCAGCUUUCUUGUGAAAGAGUAAGGGGAGCCCAUAUGGUACGGUUAGAUAGUGACACACCUGAGGAAAGACUUGAAGGGUGCAUGAGUAUGAUAGAAGACUUUCAUGAAAAGAUGAACUUUAUCCAGAUGCUGAUGGACAAAUUUUACAGUGUAGACAGUGCCAGAGAAGUAGGAACAUUAUACCAACUUAAAUGCUUAAUAAACAGAAGAAAUGUUACCAAAAGUGUGUCAAAAGAUUAUCAUGCAAUUGGUGCAUUUGUAGAUUUGGCCUGUGAAGGUCAUGUUAUUGCGGCAGCGUUAAACUUUUUUGGUAUGACUGACAUGAAUAGUCAAUGCAUAAGAAUUCCAAAUGGAAUUCACUUAGCGGAUAUGCCUCUAAAAAAGCGAACACUAAAACACAUGAUUGGAGAAUUAGUGGAUGAACUCCUCCUAAACAAAAUAUCCCAAAGCAUCGAAAGGCUUGAGAAUGAAGAUGAUGCAACAGAUGGUCACGGUCACCAACAAGAUGGUGUAUUUAACUAUGCAACGAAUUUUCUGAAAUUUUCCUUACUGAGGAAAAUCUGUGUGAUGGCCACCAGAAGUGGUGAUGGAAACAGGGUAAUUCGCCAUUGGAAAUAUGCAAUGCUUUUGUACCACACAGCUCACAAAGUCAAGUACAGAUUAGAAGCUUUUCUCCUCCAGGCUGGUAUAAUGGCACUAUAUACACCUCGAAUGAAGCAUCAAAUAAUUUGGAACAGAUUCAUUAAUUUGAGUGGGGGCAAAGGAAAAAAUCUUGAUGGUGACUAUGUCAUGGAACUUUUGAACAAAUACGCUAAGUCACGUGUAAAAUUGGUCAAUCAAAAUCACUCCCCAGAACUAGUGAAACGUAUUGGAAAGACCAUGAUGUUCUGCCAUGAUGUAAACCAUCACCUAGAGAAGCAAAUUCAAGGUGCACCGGUUUCAAGAAAACAUGUGUCACAAGAUUCAACAGGUGAUUUACAGAAAGUGGUGAGAGAAUUGCAAAAUGCAGAUGUCUUCACAGUUACACCAAACAGGCACCAUGCAUCAUUUCAGCAUGAGAAAUCUGACAUUUUCAAUGACUUUGAUGUCAAGGAAUUCCACAAGUGGCUAACUGUUAAGAAAAAAGAAUAUGCCAUUGGGAAAAAAGCUUUCUAGUAAUUCAGUCUGCAUGAAUUUAAAUGAAAUACAAUAAAAUACACUAAUAACAUUACGAAGUUUCAAGGAUGACAAUUUUGCUUUAAUACUUAAGUAAUUCAUUAUAC